CAACAGACUGGGUGAACCUCCGUCGUCCGUCUGAAUCGGUCCUUCAACUGACAACAUGGCGAGUGUCCGUGCUGCUUCCCGUCUCCUCUCCAAACGAGCAUUGUCUAAAACAAAGGCAGUCCCUGCUGCUGCAGUUCAGGGUUCCAGGAACUUUCAUUUCUCCAUCUAUGGCAAGAAGAAAAAUGCCAACGUAUCAGAUGAUAUCUCUACCCAGUACCCGGUUGUGGAUCACGAGUUUGAUGCUGUGGUAGUAGGAGCUGGAGGAGCAGGGCUCAGGGCAGCUUUUGGCCUGUCUGAGGCUGGCUUCAACACUGCCUGCGUCACCAAGCUCUUCCCCACCAGGUCCCACACUGUGGCUGCACAGGGUGGGAUCAAUGCAGCUCUGGGCAACAUGGAGCAGGAUGACUGGAGGUGGCAUUUUUAUGACACAGUAAAGGGAUCUGAUUGGCUUGGGGACCAGGACGCUAUCCACUACAUGACAGAGCAGGCUCCUGCAGCCGUAGUGGAGUUGGAGAACUUUGGCAUGCCGUUCAGCCGCACUGAAGAUGGGAAGAUCUACCAGAGGGCCUUCGGAGGUCAGAGUCUGAAGUAUGGAAAAGGAGGCCAGGCCCACCGCUGCUGCUGUGUAGCAGACAGGACAGGACACUCACUACUGCAUACACUCUAUGGAAGAUCGCUUCGUUAUGACACCAGUUACUUUGUGGAGUACUUUGCCCUCGACCUGCUAAUGGAAAAUGGAGAGUGUAAAGGAGUGAUUGCUCUCUGCAUGGAGGACGGAUCUAUUCACCGCUUCAGAGCCCAGAAUACUGUCAUUGCCACCGGGGGCUACGGAAGAACCUAUUUCAGCUGCACAUCUGCCCACACUAGUACUGGAGAUGGAAAUGCAAUGGUGACUAGAGCUGGCCUGCCCUGCCAGGAUUUGGAGUUUGUACAGUUCCAUCCCACUGGGAUCUAUGGAGCUGGCUGUCUAAUCACAGAGGGUUGCCGUGGUGAGGGAGGAAUCCUAAUAAACAGUGAGGGAGAGCGCUUCAUGGAACGCUACGCACCCAACGCCAAAGACCUGGCCUCCAGAGACGUGGUCUCCCGCUCUAUGACCAUAGAGAUCAGAGAGGGCAGGGGUGUUGGUCCAGAGAAGGACCACGUCUACCUGCAGCUUCACCACCUGCCUCCCCAGCAGCUGGCCACAAGGCUGCCUGGCAUCUCAGAGACGGCCAUGAUCUUUGCUGGAGUCGAUGUCACUAAAGAGCCUAUCCCUGUCCUGCCCACCGUUCAUUACAAUAUGGGUGGAGUACCCACAAACUACAAGGGACAGGUCAUCACUCAUGCCAAUGGGGAGGACAAGGUGGUUCCUGGACUGUAUGCUUGCGGUGAGGCAGCAUGUGCCAGUGUCCACGGUGCUAACCGGCUGGGUGCUAACUCUCUGCUGGACCUGGUGGUGUUUGGCAGAGCCUGCGCCCUCACCAUCGCAGAGGAGCACAAACCUGGAGAGAAACUGUCCCCUCUGCAGCCCAGUGCAGGAGAGGAGUCUGUCGCCAACCUGGACAAGCUGAGGUUUGCCAACGGAAAUACCAGAACCUCUGAGAUCAGGCUCAACAUGCAGAAGACCAUGCAGGCCCAUGCUGCAGUGUUCCGUACCGGCUCCGUUCUGAAGGAAGGAUGCGACAAGAUGGACGCCAUUUACCAGACCAUGGAUGACCUCAAGACCUUUGACAGAGGCAUUGUGUGGAACACAGACCUGGUGGAAACAUUGGAGCUGCAGAAUCUGAUGCUGAAUGCCGUCCAGACCAUCCACUCAGCUGAGCAGAGAAAGGAGAGCAGGGGCGCUCACGCCAGAGAGGACUUCAAGGACCGUGUGGAUGAGUACGACUACUCCAAGCCCCUGCAAGGUCAGGAGAAGAAGCCCUUCGAUCAGCACUGGAGGAAGCACACUUUGUCCUACGUUGACCCAAAGACUGGAAAGGUGACCCUGGAGUACCGCCGCGUCAUUGACAACUCUCUGGAUGAACAGGACUGUGCCCACGUCCCUCCUGCCAUCCGCUCCUACUAAGAAGAUCUCCUCUCCUCUUCUUUCCUCCCUCUCUCCCUCUCACAUCUGAUUCACUCAUUUAUUUACUAUGUAUGGAGAUGCUUUUCCUGUAAUAGAGAUGACAUUUUGGGACAAAAUAUCCUUAUGGUUGCACAUGUGUAUCCAUUUAGAAUACAUAAUACAAAAUUGUCUUGUCUUUAAACUUCAUCCCUUCCUGUCUGCUUCCUGUUCUUCUCUGUAGUGUUUUGCCUCGAUUUCAUCUGUUUCCAGCAGAUUGAUUUCAACUCGGCUCUUGUGACCUCUCACUCUGUGUGAGCUGGUCUUGUAUAUAUCAUAAGGCAUUCAAGACAAGUGGAUGACUUCAGCCUCCAGCUUAAGAACAAAAAAAUAGACAAAUCGUGUGUUGCUCUACUCAGGCUUGGGCUUUUUGUGAUGACACCAUGCUCUCAUUAGCUUGUCUUGCAUUGCAUUAAAUACUUAUAUUAUAACUUCUCUCCUUUGGCUGUCUGAAGUGAAGAGAUUGUUCAACCGAUUGUAACUUGAAAUGCACAUGGCGCCAUCAAGCCACAGAGGGAAGUUUUAAGUAUGUAAAUAUUGCAUUAAUGUACAAUAAAUAUGGCAAGCUAUACUGUAUGUACUUGUUGAAGCGUAAGGUAGACACUCACUCACUAUUGCCUUCAGUCUUGGAUAGUACUUACUUGUGACUCUUGUGAUACUUUAUGCAUGUGGUCCAACCUAUAAAGUGCAUCUUCAUCCAGCUCGUGUUCAGUAAAUUAUCAGCUGUUUGACCUAUUUGAGCUCAAGCUAUUUGUAAUUCUUCACUAUAAAUCCUAACCAAGCAAAGCAGCUUGAUCUGUGUUUCUAGUUAGCCACAUUAUGGUGUGUCAUCUGAUGGAACAGUGGCUUCUUCUUAAAAUUUGUCGUCACUGUUGUUUUCUCUGAAACUGAACACUGAGGAUGAAUUCAGUCAGCAAAGUACACAGCUGUUUGAGUUAUUUGGCUUUUUAGUUCACUGAUUAGUGUUCUUCCAGAAGUUUUAAAUUAAUUUCGAGCACCAACGUCAGUGGCAGCUCUUAAGUGCUUCAAGAGCAGCUGCUAUCAGAGUGCUUGCCAUCAAAACAACACAGCUGUGUGACAUGUGACCGAUGGGACAUCUUGUAACGUUUUCUGCCAGUACACAAAUGACUUUGAAGGUGCGCUUAGUGUUGUCACUGAAAGUAUGGAACAAGUUCACAUGCCAUGUUUCUUGUACGGAAACAUUGAAAGGGUGACUUAACUUAUUUGCCUGUUUGAAAGAAAGUUUUAAUUUUCUUCUGGUUUUGACAUUUGUACUUGUUUUCAUAUGUUAAAUAAAGUGUAGACUAUG